AGAUGAUUACUAAAAUUAUGUUAAUAUAUAUCAAUCCAAAGAAGUAGAAAAAAAUAUUAUGAAAAAUAUAGAUUGUUACCUGAUAAAAUUAUGCGAACACAUCUCAAUCUAAAGAAGUUAAGCAAUAAUUUUCCUCUUCCAGCAGUCCCAAAGGGCCAAAACAGUGGCCUAGAGAGCGCAUCCACUCCACAGUAUACUCCAUUAAUUACCUUCCUUUUGCUGUUGAAGGAAGCCCUGUAAAUCACAAGCAUAACAAUGGAAUGGUGGAAAGGCAGAGCAGGCUGUCUCCAAAUCCUUCUUUUAGAAAACAUGGAGCAAAGCACCUCCUCCAGUCUUCUCAUCUUCCUUGUCUGAGCGGAAAAAAGAAAUCCAACAGCCUUCAACCACCCGACCGAAGCCAUUUCUCCCCCUUGUCUUUCCCCACUAAAUUUAGCCACCGAAGGUUUAAACCAACGCAAAGCUAGUAAGAUGUGCUUCCCUACGAUAUAUUUAGAAGCAAUCAGGCGAAAGGGCCGAAAGAUGUGCCCCGCCCUCUUUUCCUCUCUCGCCGCUCCUCUCUCUCCACCGGCGACCGCCGCCCCGCCUCUGCUUCGCUCUAUUUCUUCCCCGCUCGCCGUCUCCCUUUCGCACUGCCGCCCUCGGCCGCUCGAUCGAUCCCUCUCCCUCCAAGCCUCCAUGUGGCUGCCGUGGGGUAGAAUCCCUCGCGGCAGAGCCGCCCCCUCCCCGGCCGCCAGGUCUCCCUCCAUAACCUCCUCCUUCAAGGAUGUCCACAGCCUCCUCAAUGAGGGGGCCGCUCCGAGUGCCACCCCCGUGCCAAAGACGGCCGUGGUCUUCCACCGCCUCCGAUCGGCGUGCUCCGCCCUCCGCUCGCGGCGGUCCCUACAGGUCUCCCUUUCGGACCCCUGCGGCCUCCGCGCCGGGGAGGAGAAGCGGAUCGUGCUUUACUUCACCUCCCUCCGGGUGGUCCGCAAGACCUUCGAGGACUGCCACACCGUUCGAUCCAUCCUCUGCGGCUUCCGCGUCGCGAUCGACGAGCGUGAUCUGUCGAUGGACAUGACGUUCCUCGCGGAGCUGAAGGGGAUCCUCGGCCGGCGGCAGCUCAGCCUCCCCCAGGUGUUCAUCGGCGGGCGGUACAUCGGUGGGGCCGAUGAGAUCCGGCAGCUCCACGAGAUCGGCGAGCUCGAGAAGUACGUGGAUGGGGUCCCGCCCGCGACCGCCGGUGCCUGCGAGGGCUGCGGCGGGACCCGAUUCAUUCUGUGCCAGAAUUGCGACGGGAGCCACAAGGUGUAUACCGAGAAGGCCGGUUUCCGUUCUUGCACCGCCUGCAAUGAGAACGGCCUCGUCCGGUGUCCCAAUUGCAGCUUCCCCGCCAUCUGAUUGAGAUUGGAGGCAGGAAAAGCGUGCGCUUGUAAGGGGAAACGAGAAAUUGUGGUUUCCGAAAGGUUUUGACUUGCAAUUCUCUCAUCAAAUCCCUACUUCUUCUUCUGCUCCUCAGCACUUUUUUCUUUUUCUUUUUUUGUUUGAAAUUUAUAACUGGAAGAUAAGGACAAAUAGAAGAUGAUGUUUUUCUUUUCUUUCCGUUGGCUUUCUCUAAUAAGAGGAUUGUAUCAUCUGUAUGUAGCUCCGUACUAAAUUUAUUCAAGUAGGAUGUCUAUAGCUUUAUCC